GUGAGAUUUCACGGGUAUCUGGGUUCUUGAACGCUUAAUUAACGGGACAAGUCGGACCAUAGGGCUGCAGGGCGCACUCCGUUAUCAGGAGCAGUGGAGGAACCUCUUGGUUCUCGCCUCAGUUUGUCCAAACUUCCCACUGUGGGUCACCGGCCACACUCCAGGUCGCGAUGGGAGUUUUCGCGGGAUGAGAGCGUCAGGAGGACCAGUGCGCUGGGGAUAUCCAGGGUGCCGGUAGUGCGCACCCACGGGGAAGGGGGCGGCAGCGCCGGGUGGCAAUCGCGCACACUCUCACCCCUGGUGUGUGCUCAUGACGAACCGGGCAUUACGACGGAUCUUUAACUGCAGGGCAACUUUCGCAACAGCUAAGAUGAUUGCAGCGUUUUUCCCUUUGAAGAAACUGCGGAGAAACGUCAAACAUCUUCUGCUGGGUGCGAUUCUGCUGGUGGGAGCUGUGGCCGUGUACCAUGAGAUGGUUGCUGCGAAAGCGUGGAACAGCGACAUCGCUGCUGUUUUUGCAUUUUCUCAGGUGCAGCCCCCGGGGGGCGAUCCAUGCUGGAUGAAACGGGGUACAGGGACCAUCAGCCAGACUCCGCGGAGGAUCCAGCUGCUUGGACCUCCAGCUACACUCCACAAACCUGGAAACCACAGUAUAAGGGACGUGCCAAUCUGCAUGUCUUUGAGGACUGGUGUGGCAGCUCGACGGCUGACCUCCGCAAGAAUCCGCACUACCCACUGUAUCCCCACUCCAGGACUACAGUUCAGAAGUUGGCCAUCACACCUCGGUGGACCAACUAUGGGCUCAGGGUGUUCGGUUAUCUGCAUCCGUACACUGAUGGAGACUUUGUGUUUGCUUUGAGCUCCGACGAUAAUUCUGAAUUUUGGCUCAGCUCAGAUGACACUCCGGUGAACCUGCAGUUAUUGGCGUGGGUUGGAAAGACCGGUACAGAGUGGACAGCCCCCGGUGAAUUUGAGAAGUAUGCCAGUCAAAACUCAAGACCUGUCAGGCUGUCCUCUCAGAGGAGAUACUUUUUUGAAGUUAUCCACAAGCAGAACGAUAGAGGGACUGACCACGUGGAAGUGGCAUGGCAGCUCUUGGACCAAGACUUAAAGUUUUGGCUUAUUGAAUCUGAGCACAUCUCCCUCUAUACCGAUGAGUCUGCUCUGCUAGUCAAUGAUGUCGCACAUAUACCACAGACGGCUGCAAGUCACCGGCUCACCCCCACCAAGCACCAUAGCCCCAGAGCAGAUAUGCUGCGUCAUGAUCCGCGAGACGCCUUCUACCGUGUGCAUCUGAUAAACAGCACGUUCUUAGGAAGCGUUCUGCCUGACUGCUCGUACAGACCAAGCUAUACCAUCAAAGGCUUUCCCCUGCUCCGUUACCAAGGACUGCAGUUUGUCCACAUGUCGUACGUUUACCCCAAUGACCACACCCGACUCACGCACAUGGAGAAGGACACCAGCUGCUUUUACCCUGACAGCAUGAAGAGGUUAGGUUUCUCUAGGCACAUGAAACUGGACCGCGCAGAUAUGCAGGAAGACAGAAAAACUGACCGAGACUUUGGUUUCCAGAAGAGGAACUCCAUCCAAUAUGAAGAGGACGAGUUUGACAAUGAGGCCAGUGAAAGGGGCAGGAAAUCCAACCCGCAGAAGAUAGAUAAUUCCCUUUUUCCAGAUUAUGGAGAUGAUUAUGAUGAUUACGUUCAGAAACGCAGACGCAAACUUUUGUCCUUUCAACAAAACAACAAGGCAGUGGACAACUCUUCUGAUAUAAGACAGCGCAUAGAAGAUUUGCAGAAGAGACAAGGGAAAGAUGAUACGGAACAGUCUCCGCUAGGACUAGAAAAAGCAGCUGACCAUCUGCAGGCAGCGCCAACGGAAACCCCUGAACACCCAGUUAAAAGAGUAGAAAAGCUCAAAUCAAAAAGAAAAUCAAGACAAGCAAAAAAACAAAAAGUAAAGCAGCCUGCAAGGCCACAACAGACUAACCAGCUGAAAGCAAAGCAAGGACCAGCCGUCCCAUCAGAGCCACUCCACUCUAAACAGAAUGAAAACCCAAAGUCUCCGAAAAUUAACCGCACAGAAAUAAAUCAUCGAAUAGGGGACUCUAGGUAUCUAAACCGGGAUCCUCUGCUUGAAAAACCUUCAGUGGCCAGGCGGCAGAGGUUUGUAACCAGAGAGAAGGUUCUCCGACCAGUCAGUGCUUCUCCCACGAGAGACAUCAACCAGCCCCUAGUAAGGUUGAAUGAGUGGGAUGCAGAUACCAGAAAAAGCCUCAGAGGAGGUGAGGUGAAUAUGCCACGUCAACAAGGUUCAGAAUAUGACAUCCAUAGGGCCAAAGAGAUUGAAGGAGGUAAGAGGAAUAAAAAGAAGUUACACUUAAAAGGAGGUUGGGGCAUCAUCAGGGAGGAAAACGACGAGAGAGACUCUCUGUGGGGGACAGGAGGAGACUAUGACAAUGAUGAUGACGGUGAUGAUGAUGAGGCUCACCCUACAGCAGUGUUUGACCUCCAGGUCAACUGGAACCAAACCUUUCAGGUGGACCACCUUGACCUACACGCGUGGCGCUCAGAUAUGAUCGAGCUUCGCUGCGGAGUGUCAGGAAACCUGCUGCUGCACUCCACCGAUGCUUUGCCCAUAGUCCAGAAUUUCAUGGACAAUCUGAACGAAAAGCAUCAUGAGCGGUUUAAACUGGUACGGGUGAUCAAUGUGGUGAAGCGCUUGGACAGGGCACAGGGCAGCCGCUAUCUUCUGGAGCUCGAGGUGAAGGAUGUCGAUGGCCAGCUGCUGCGUCUGUCGCACUACAUCUACGCCCUGAACCGCAACCUCAAACCAAAUAACUGGGACUACCAUUCAGAGCAGUCUAUAUCUUCACCGGUGCUGUGCAACCCGGUGGGUUUCCGCUGGAACCCCACUGCCACCGUCCACUUCAUAGUGCCAGUAAAAAACCAGGGCCGAUGGGUGCAUCAGCUGAUUGUCGACAUAGAGGAACUGUUCAGAGAAACAAGAGACAUUAACUUCAACCUCAUAAUCACUGACUUCAACAGCACUGACAUGGACGUGAGGAAGGCUCUUGAGAAGUCCUCGAUCCCCAGGUACCAGUACGUGAAGAUGGAAGGAAACUUUGAGCGUGCCGCGGGUCUGCAAGCAGGUAUCGACCUGAUAAUGGAUGUACACAGCAUUGUGUUUCUUUGUGACCUCCACUUGAACUUCCCUUCCUCGAUUAUUGAUUCUAUCAGGAAGCACACUGUGGAGGGAUACAUGGCCUUUGCCCCCAUAGUCAUGAGACUGGAAUGUGGUAGCACACCAUUAGAAGCCAACGGUUUAUGGGAGGUCAAUGGUUUCGGCUUGCUGGGUAUCUAUAAAUCAGAUUUGGACAGAGUCGGAGGAAUGAACACGGAGGAAUUCAAAGAUCGCUGGGGAGGAGAAGACUGGGAGCUCCUUGACAGGAUUCUCCAGGCGGGAAUGGAAGUGGACAGGAUCUACUUGAGGAACUUUUUCCACCGCUAUCACUCCAAACGUGGCAUGUGGAACCGCCGUAUGACAAAAAAAAACAAGUGACCUUGUGACCAGCUGCUGCCCCGUGACAUCGCUACAGUUACAGCCGUGGCAACGCGGAGCAUGCCAUGUAAUAGUAAUACCUGCUGACCUGCUCAGAGACAGCAUGAUGGGGUGGAGUACACUCAGGAUUUUCGAAGCAGUGAAAGUCAUUGCAUACUACUGAUGUGGUCUGUUCAUUUUACUGGAUAUGCUGUUGACUACCAGAAGGGUACAGUCUGACACUGACUAAUUUUAUACCAGAGAUACUGCUGUGCUCAGACUGCGGUCUGCGCUACCAGCUGCAAGGAAAUGAAAUGAUCCCAAGACAAGUCUUGGGUGGUAGUGCACACUCCAGGGAUGCAUUCACACUAGUGGCCUUUAUAAUAAAGCUCACUUGUACUUGAGUUUCAACUGGAGAAGAUGUUUUUUUUGCAACAAAAUAGAGAUACAUGUGAGUGUGGUAAACCUAGCCUUCUCUGUCUUGCCAUGAAUUACAGAAAAGGGUUUGCUGAGAAAGGGUUUGUUGAGUUGUCUGCAUUUGUGUUAAAUGUUGUUUCUAGAAACAGACGAGUACCUCAGCUUACCAUUUGGGGGCCCUCCUGUGUUUGUUCUCAUCUGUGUCGCAUUAAUGCGCACCUUGCUCUGCUGUGACUGUUACUCAGGUACUGAGAGAAAAGCCUUAAACUAGAAGGAAAAAUAAAUAUUUAAGUGUUUUUCAUGAUUGUAACUUUUUUUUUUUUUUUUUUUUUUAACGUAUUUAAUUUAAAAGAAAAAAUGACUCGGGCAUCUUUGUACCGGUUUUAUUUAGAGAGAAAUAUGCAGUCACGUACCAAAGACAACAGCUUAGAGUUAAGUGGAGAAAACCUUUUCUUUUUUUUUUUUUUUUUACUUUUUACUUUUUUUUGUCAAAAGUUGUGUUUUUCAGUAUGACUGGCUGUUGGGAAAGGCGUUUCGAGUACAGAAUUAAGGUCUAUUAACUAAUUUUAAUUGUAAUUUAUUCCCAUGUUUCUCACUAAUAUUCUUUCACUGUUGCUCUCUCUGCUGCACUUUCUGAUAGCUCACAUUCCAGUUUAAGUAACACGCUGCCUUUCUUACCGUCAGUUUCAAACUGAUGCAUGUUUUACAUGUAUUUUUAAAUGAAGACUUAAUACAUUUCUGGUGGAAAUGGUGGGUUUGACUUGUAACACUGCUAAUUGUGGUACAGUGCUUCUUUUUAACGUUCUUUCACAAGAACAUUGAAUGAUCUUUUAACAUUUGGUUUUGGGCUGUGCACGGAUGCUUACUGUCAUGCUUUUUUUACUAUUUCAUCAUGGCUUACUUUAAAAAAAAAUAGUAUUUAUUUUUUAGAUAUACCUCAUCCACCUCUUUAUGCUGGGAAUUUACCUCUGCCUUAGUGCACAGUUUUCCAGUCCCUUCUCUCAGGGUGAAAUCUGAGAAAUAAAUGCCUCCAAACAUGUUUCUGUGGCCUUCAUUUCCUUUGCAGACAGUGUGCUUUUUAUUAAUUGACACAUGUGUAGGACUGGGACUGUAUCUUGCAUGCCACCUUUGUUGGAUUCAAAACUGUAUUUUGGUCAUUUGCAUUUUUUUUUUUUUUUUUAAAUCAAGGAAUGCAAUAAAUCUGAUCACACUGCGAUGUAGGUUUUGUUUAAUGGUGUGUUUUAUUCACUUGACUGCAAACCCUGUCACACCAACAACAUACAAUGACAUUUAUGAAGGUCUCUGACGGAUCUCCCACUUGUUUGUGUGCAACUGACACUGACUGACAAUAUGGUUUUAAUGCGCAAAGCAUACAGACUAGUCACAGACUUGUCCUGAAAGACAUGGACUCUUCCAGGGGGUGGCUCAUAAUUUCAGAGCUCUUAUAUGAGAAGUUAAA